AUGGGUGGCUUCAUCUCGAAGAAUUCUGUAGUUCCGCAAGCCCCGCUCUCUCAUCCUGAGACGAAUGCAUCAGCGCAAAGUAGUAAGAACAAGCACAAGCUUAAUACAUUAGUACCAGAUCCUCAAGCUACCAAUUCUGAAAAUUCCACAACUUUGGAAAUAGAAGCUUCUUUCAGUCAUGCUGACCUCGGUGUGCAGUUUUUGAAAGCUGUGAAACGUGGUGAUGUUGCGAUCAUGGAAACUUUGCUGCUGCAAUACCAAGUACAAGAACCAUCGAGUACAGAAUUCUUUGAAAAUAAGAUUGAAGGAAAGGGUAUUGAAACGUUGGUAAAUAUCCGAGGGAUGUGGGAGAGCACACCACUGAUCUCGGCUGCACAGUAUGCACAUUGUGAAGCUGCUUUGUGGUUACUAAAUCAUGGUGCCAAUCCCCAUUCUAGUAAUGAAAAAAAUGUGACGGCUUUAUUGUUGGCUAGUCUAGAAGGGUUGACACCUCUUGUUGUAAAACUUGUUGAAAACAUUGAUUCGAAAUCUUCCACUCAAUCAAUUGAUCAACAGAUUGGAGCUGUAUACAAUGCAGUUUUUGAUGUCAAUUUGCGGUUGAGUCCGCUCCUUGCUGCAAGUAUGAAUGGCCAUGAAGACAUUGUUCGUCUUUUGCUUGACAAUGGUGCGGAUGUGAAUCAGCAAGUGGUUACUACAGCUACUCCAAGCAAUUGCUCACCAGACGGAUCGACAGCGCUACUAUUAGCUUCGCAAUAUGGACACACAAAUGUAGUGAAUCUCUUGUUACAACGAAAUGCAGAUUACACUUUGCUAGAUAGUGCGACAGGAAGUUCUGCAUUCUCCCUUGCAUGUGAAUAUGGUCAAGAGGAAUGUGCUAUGCUAUUGCUUCAAAUUAUGACGGGGAAAUCUAAAAGUCCGAAAACUAGUGACAUGGGAAUGGAGAGUUGGCAAGCUGGUAAUCAUCAGGGUUUUACACCGCUACAUUUUGCUGCGGCAAAUGGAUUGGUGGGUGUCUGUACAGCUAUUCUAUCAGCUUUAAAAGCGCAACAAAGCCUUGAAGAUGAAGUUUUGGCUCUUUCUUUUGUAAACGCUCGUGCAGGACCUCGACAAGAGAGUGCACUAUUACUUGCAGCUCGUAAACGACAGAAUGAAACAUCGCGUUUACUAUUGGAAGCCGGUGCAGAUGCAGAACUUGUGGAUCGAGAUGGAAAUACGGCGAUGCAGGUGUUUCUUCGCAACAAGCAAGACGCAUUGUUGCAGUUAUGUGGCGUUGAUAGUAGUAAAUCACUAAAUGAAGAUCAAAAUGCAAUGGCUUUACUCAAAUGUAAAGAAGAAGAGCUGCGGGGAGCUGAAACACAUGCUAACGAGGACAAUUACAUGAAUGCUAAGAUUUUGACCGAUGUCUAA